AGAUCCAAAACCCAUUCAUUCCAAGCCAACCUCAAAAUUAGCAAGUGCAAUAGCUUUGACCCCAAUAAUUCACACCAAACUUGUUAAUACUAUUAAUUAGUAAUAAACUUCAACAGCUCGGGCCACAGAUAUGCUCGACACUCCAGUGUUCAUAGACAAUCCUAGCGGCGGAGGAAUCGGUUCUGCCGCCGCUGGGGAGGUUUCUGAGCUGCAGAACGGAGGAGAGAGCGACCGGAACGCAGGUGGUAACAGAUGGCCGCAUGACCAGACGCUAGCUUUGCUCCAGAUUCGGUCGGAAAUGGAUUUUGCGUUUCGCGAUUCUACUCCCAAAGCCCCUCUAUGGGAACAAGUUUCAAGAAAAUUGGAGGAGUUGGGGUACCAGAGAAGUGCCAAGAAGUGCAAAGAGAAAUUUGAAAACAUUUACAAGUAUCACAAGAGAACAAAGGAGUGCCGAUCUGGUGGUCAGAAAGGGAAAAACUAUAGAUUCUUUGACCAAUUAGAGAUUCUUGGCAACCUGCAGUUGGGCAAAAUCAACAACACAGACUCAAAGGAAUCAACCGAAUUGGGGUCUCCCACUCCCGUGGCAAUGGUCAGACCAAACACCAGCAUCGUCCAAGAUUUCAGGAUGCCAUGCAUCAGCCAAACGGCCCACAACCUUGGCAGUGCUGAUGUCAUAUCAGCUUCCACAUCCGCGACCUAUUCGUCGGGGAAAGAGUCUGGAGGUUCUGUGUCGAGGAAGAUGAAAAUGGCCGGGUUCUUUGAGAAGCUGAUGAAGGAAGUGUUGGAGAAGCAAGAGGAUUUGCAGAAGAAGUUUCUGGAAGUGUUGGAAAGAUGCGAGAGGGAUCGGAUGGUGAGAGAAGAAUCAUGGAAAAGAGAAGAAAUGGAACGGAUGAGGAGAGAACAGGAGUGCCUAGCCCAGGAGAGGGCCAUUGCAGAGGCAAAGGAUGCUGCGUUGAUAGCUUUCCUGCAGAAGAUUGCAGGGCACCCCUUGCCCCCAGUGCAGUUUCACAUGAACUCAACCUCUCCCAGUGUUGAGAAACACCCUGAACUAAACUUAAAUGAUAAUAAUAACGAGAGGAAGGACAACUGUUCUGGCGAGAGGUCUUCUCGAUGGCCUAAAGCGGAAAUCGAAGCUUUGAUUAAACUUCGGACGAAUCUCGACUUGCAGUACCUUGGGAAUGGAUCAAAGGGUCCCUUGUGGGAAGAAAUCGCUGCUGAUAUGAAGAAGCUUGGAUAUGACAGGAAUGCGAAGAAAUGUAAAGAGAAAUGGGAGAACAUUAACAAGUAUUAUCGAAGGGUGAAAGAAGGCCACAAGAGGAGGCCUGGAGACUCUAAAACUUGCCCGUAUUUUCACAUCCUCGAUUCUCUCUAUCAGAGCAGCAAGUCCAAGAAGGGUGUUGUUGAGCCUAGUUCGACAACUUCAGAUCCUUGUGAUUUCAAUAUGAAGGCCGGAGAAAUGUUGAUGCACAUAAUAAACCAAAACCAAAAGCAAUAUCUUAAAAAAGAAGACAUUGGAAGAGCAAAUGACUAUCAAAAUCAUGAAGAGGGUGAGAGUGAAGACGGCUUUCGAAUUGCCCCCGCCCAUGAGCAAGAACGGAGAAAUUUUGAGAUGUGAGAUGGAUAAAUUUGUUAUUAGACAAAAGAAGAAUUUAAAAUUUGUAAGUGAUAAAAACAAUGAAAAAAAGCUUCUUCUUCUAUAAAGAAAGAAAGUGUGGUUUCAAAUGAUGAUAUUACUGCUGAUCCAAGAUUACGAAAUCCAAUUAAUAGUUAUCCAUUAG